AUGCCCAUCUUAGCCGGCACGGUAACAUUCACAGCCAAAUUUACUCGUUUAAUUUAUCACUUUCAGAAGUUCAAAAGUCUGCUUCAACAAAUUCGCGAUGACUGGACAAACGUCUCGAGUGUAGCGAAACAGAUCUUCACAAAGCAAGCUUACGUGGAAGUUUACAUUGAUAUAUGCAGUUUCGGUGAUCUCGUUCGUUAUGCAUUACUGACUCUCAUUAACCCACUGCUCGAUAUUAUGUCCAUUAAAUGUAACGAGACCGAGAAAAUUUAUGCACCCGAAUUUCUGGUGGAUCAAAAAAAGUAUUAUAUUCUGCUCAUGAGCAUGUAUUACGCUUAUGUUGUGGUUUUUAUAAGCACUGGUGCAUUCUUUUACCUGACGGCACCAUUGACUGUACCGAUACUCGACAUACUCAUGGGAUCGGACGUAACGAGACCGAAACGAUUGCCACACGUAGGUGUAUUUUUCCUCGAUUUGGAGAAACACUAUUACAGUAUUCUUGGAAUUACAUAUAUAGGAUACAUUGCUUGCUGUAUGCUAGUGAUCGCAGUCGAUACAAUUUAUUUCGCACUGUUGCAACACAUCUGUGGUGUGUUAGCUAUAUUGAGUCGCCGUUUGGAAAAAUUACAUGAUACGGAGGAUAUCGAUCAUAGUAACGCCAUAUCUAAGAGAGAUAGGGAUAUUAAAAACAUGGUACAAUGUAUACAGCUACAAAUCAGAAUAGAAAGACUAAUCCAGUUAACUGAAUCGAUGUUUGCGAUAUGUCUUUUUACCGACAUCGGCUUGGGAAUUCUAUUUCAAUGUUCUGCAUCUGUUAUGAUUGUGACUCAUACAGAUACUUUGUAUUUAGUAAAAAAUUUUCCGCUUUUGCUCAUUCAAACUGCUAGAUUUUUCUUCAACUGCUGGAUAGGCCAGAGAAUUAUAGAUCACAGUUCACAAGUUUCUUUUGCAGCAUAUAAUGGAAAGUGGUAUCAAAUGUCUUUGGAAGCAAAAAAGAUAUUGCUGUUUUUAAUGAUGAAAUGUCGAAAACCAUAUCGCAUUACUAUGACUAAAUUAUACGUCAUCUGCAUGGAAAGUUACAGCACGCUCAUGAAAACGUCCGCUUCCUACGUUACCUUAAUGGUAUCAUUAAACUCGAAUGACAUGUAA